GUGUUUACAGAAUGUUACGUUGUUCUGUCAGCGACUGUUGACGAAGAGGAUAUCUCAACAGAAUCAUCUAAGGCUGUGAUUAUACUGUAUUAAUCCUCUUCGUAAACAGUCGCUGAAGCAAUAAUCUAAUAAAACGUAAGUAGAGUGUAGACCUUGAAUGCGCGCUGUUCUCCGAGUCGAGAUAAAGAAGGUGGGUGGGUGACUGCGUGCGUCCGUCCGCAACCGGCAAUGUUCUCUCACACUGCCUGCCGCUGCUGGGAACACGCGUCAACCGUCCUAUUUUACAAAUCUAAAGGUUUCACAUUUUAUUCAAGAUUUUCCAACUUUGAGGGAUCAAGAGAGGAUGAAGAGGAGGAGGGGUGACGUGCACAUCCUACAGAUCACCGGUUCUUCACAAAAAUAAUACUUAGAUAAAGAAGUCAUCUAGAGACGAGCACCAUGAUGGAUUCUAUUCGGUCUACGCCUGAUGUCUUCACCACAGACAGUAUCUCGAGAGAACCAUACCAUGAGACCCAACAGUCACCAUCCAACUCAACCAUACCCGUCGAGCAUCACUACAGCUUCCACAAUACCCUACUAGGUGUCUUCCUGGGCUUCCUGUCCCUGCUCACCGUCGUCAUGAACAUCCUGGUACUCUACGCUGUGAAGAAGGAGCGGACCCUCCACACGGUGGGCAACCUCUACAUCGUCAGCCUCUCCGUGGCGGAUCUCAUCGUCGGGGCCACCGUCAUGCCCCUCAACCUGGUGUAUCUGCUGGAGGACGAGUGGAGGCUGGGGAGGGUCGUCUGUCAGUUCUGGCUCAUCAUGGAUUACGUAGCCAGCACAGCCUCCAUCUUUAGUCUGUUUAUACUAUGUCUGGAUCGGUAUCGGUCCGUUCACGAGCCGCUGAGGUACCUGAAGUACCGAACCAGAGGGAGAGCUAGCGUUAUGAUCUCAGGGGCCUGGCUAAUGUCCAUGACGUGGAUUAUUCCUAUUCUAGGGUGGAGGUCGUUUGCUACUGUCGAUCUUAAACCGGAAAUGGAAAAUAAGUGUGACACCGAUUUCCGGUUUGUUACGUGGUUUAAGGUUUUAACUUCCGUGUUUAACUUCCACCUUCCGUCUCUGUUGAUGCUGUGUUUCUACUCACGCAUCUACAUGGCUGUGAGGAGGCACUUCAGAGAGAGGGAAAAGAUUAUCAAUCCUACAGACUCUACGGCGGGAAACCGUAUCGGACACAAAGUCCAAACAGGAAAUAGACCCUGCGGGUUUUCUAACGAGGAAAAUAAGGGAAACGACUGUGACUUUGAUCAGUACACUUUAGACCAGCUGUACAACUCAACAGAUACGGCUGAAACCAACGCAUCCAGGGAACCCAAGUCUGAGAAAGACGCUCACUCCAGUCAUUCCCUGCUCAGAAUGACAAAACGUCUGAGGAAGACUGUAAAGGGCAAAAGAAAGAGCAUGUCUUUUCAGGAGAAGAAUUCAGACUCUGAGACCCCUUUGAACCUGUCAACGUUACCUCUCCGCUUCACCGACGACAACAACGCGCAGGGACUGUACGUAUCCGUGAGCGACACAGCCGCGCCGCUAAACUCUGCGGCUGGCGUUUACGAGAUAACCCAGAUAGCUGACGUGCAGAGAUACACCACCAUGUUGUACAACGAUUUCACCCAGUCUCUGAAUUCACCCCCGUCACCAUGGUCACAUAAUUCACCCCCGUCACCAUGGCCACAUAAUUCACCCCCGUCACCAUGGCCACAUAAUUCACCCCCGUCACCAUGGCCACAGGAGGACUCGGAGCCCGAUGAUGGCGCUAACCCAGACGCUGCAGCCAACGCUGUGACCCUAAAGCAGACCUGGCAGAAGUUCUGUGCCCAGUCCAGGCAGCGUAUCCAGAGCCUUCAGGUCCAUAAGGAGUACAAAGCGGCCAAGCAGCUGGGCUGUAUUAUAGCCGGGUUCAUGAUGUGCUGGAUCCCAUACUUCAUAGUCUUUAUGGUCAUGGCUUUCUGCCAAACCUGUGUACAUCACGACCUACAUAUGUUCACGAUAUGGCUUGGGUAUAUAAACUCUACCUUGAACCCGUUCAUAUACCCCCUCUGCAAUGAGAAUUUCAAAAGGGUGUUCAAAAAGAUUUUACACAUUCAUUUGUGAUGAAAGGUUUUCUGAACAGUGUCUUGAUUGGCAGGUAGCCCUUUAGGUUAUGUUAUCGAUGCUGCUUUAAACUUCGGUGUGCUUGCAUGUUUUGAGUAACUUCAAUUUUGGUACCUUAACUGUGUAUAGUUUUGUAAAUAUAAUGCUUAUUUAUUGUAGGCCUAAAUAUUUCUGUAUCAAACCCAAACAUCAUCCUUCUCACUCGACAAACUAUGCAUUCCAGUCUUCAUGGAGUCUUGUCUGACUUUUUAUUUUAGUCAUUCAUGUCUGUAAUUUCCAAUAAAAGUGUCUGUACGGGGGUGCUUUGUUAUGGAUGAGUAACCUAUGCAACAGUUAUACUGUUCUUCCCGUAUCAAAAAUAUUUAUACAAAACGACAUACAUCUCAAAGUGUUUCAGUGAUUUGUCUUGAUUUGAGGGGGCGCCAGUGUAGACUGAAACCUUACUGCUGUAACUCACACUGUGGUAAGCACGACAACAUAAUAUGUUUACACUCUACAAUAAAAAUAAAUACGCUUUUUAACAUUUA